AGCAGUUGUUCCAUUAUUAGAAGACAUUCCCUGAUGAGAGUGCAGAGUUGUGUGCUGUGAUAUAUGAAAGUUUGAGAGAAUGUGGUUCAUUCUUAUUCUACUGCAUCUGGAAUUGCAUCUCCCACUCAGCCUUUCCUGCCCAAGUGGCUGUGUGUGCCUUCCAAAUGGGGAUGUUCGAUGCACAGGGAACAUCACUGAAAUCCCACAUCUGAAAGCCAAUGAAACCUUCCGUCUGAUUCUCAGUAACACUCGCAUAACAACCCUUAAUCCCCAAAGUUUUCAGGCUCUUUUUCUUUUAAUGCGUCUCCAAAUUAGCAGGAGUCCUCUUGCAACUAUCCACCCAGAAGCCUUUCAUAAUGCUUCUCAGCUCCUGUCAGUUAUGUUGUCAUCUAACUCCAUUUCUGUCCUUCCACCAAGAGUGUUCAGCAGCCUGGGGAACCUAAAUCAGCUUGACAUGAGCAAGAAUCACCUGAUGUCUCUCCAUGCAGACAUGUUUAAACAGCUGGUCAGUCUCAGACAGCUGGAUAUCAGCAAAAACCAAAUUGUAAAUUUGGAUGCCAGAAUCUUCCAGGAUGUGACAAACUUGAAUUACCUGAACCUGUGUGAGAACAUGCUACAAAAGAUCCCACAGAUAUUGUUCCACAACCUUAAGCAACUAAAAUUCCUGAUACUGUACUCCAACCAGCUGAAUACAAUAGAGGAAGGUUCAUUUGACCAUUUGCAUAACCUGUUCAAGCUCAUGCUGAAUAAAAACCAAAUUCGAGAACUCCCUCCUCGACUUUUUUGGCACAUGCCCUCCCUGACAACCCUGACUCUGUCUGGCAACCAACUUCGUUAUAUUCCAAGAGAGACUUUUUACAAUCUACCCAACCUCACUAAACUCACACUCUACGAAAAUCCACUAAUCUCACUGCCGGACCAGCUAGUAGGUCACAUGUCAAGACUUCAGGAGUUCUACCUGUAUGAUACCAAUCUUACCACUGUGCCCUGGAACCUUUUUGCUAACAUGACUGGCCUCAGGAUUUUGAAAUUACACUUCAAUGAGAAGCUUGCCUCACUACCAAAGGAUCUCUUUUGUUGCUUGCCCAAGCUUCAAAUUUUAUCUUUACAAAGGAACCUACUUCAGGAUUUACACCAAGACCAAUUUUCAGCCCUAACCAAUCUUAAGGUGCUACAGCUCCAUAGUAACCGGCUCCAGUCCCUUUCGGCAAAGAUCUUUCAAAAUCUCCACAGUCUAACCAAGCUUGAGCUGAGUAACAACAGUCUAAAUAAUCUCCCAGGAGAUAUUUUUGUACAUGUCACUACACUACAAUCUGUUACACUUGGGAGCAACCCGUGGAAAUGUACAUGCAGUAUUCUGGACAUUGUAGAAUGGAUUAAUGAAAAACAAAAUGUAGUUACUGACCUGCAUGAUGUAUUAUGCCAUGAACCAUACGACUUACUUCAUAAAACACUGGUGGUGUUAACCGGUGACAGUCUGAAAUGUGGUGUCACCACUACAGGAGACCGGCAUGUUGCUGUGACCACUGUAGGAACACAUUCUUCAGAAAGAACAACAGCAUCAUCUUUCAAUGGCAGAAGAACCACUAGCAAUGUCACAACAAAUACCCUCUCACCAACGACGAUUCUUUCAAUCCAUCCAACCUCACUAACCCCUUCUACAAUUGCUUCUACAACCGAUGGAGUACAUAUUGAUAACAGCAAGUCCAGUACAUUCUAUAACACUGUGGUCCUUGUUAGCAGCCCUGAUAUUGUCCAUAACAAUCACCACCAACAAUGGGUAUACCUGUGGACAGUACCGGCUACCGGAAAAUACAGUGGGUUUUUGAUGGCUUUGCAUGUUGUUCUCAUAAUCAGCGGAGUUCUUCUGAUCAUAGUCAAUGCUUAUGCAUUGUACCGUUUACACAAGGCUUUGUGGAAAACAGGGAUGACUCCGACUAGAAAUCACACAAUCAUAACUAAAAGAUUGCGGAGUUUUAACGGCAAACUCUAGAAAAAGUAUAUUGCAUUUUAUCUUUUAUCAUUAAUUUCUAGCCACAAUGUUAUUCAGUGACAUAUUCUGUUAUCCUGACUUAAUGUUAAUGAAUUAUAACGUGAAUAUUACCAUUUAUGUACAACUUUGUUUCCGAGAGAAAAAUCACUAAAACAAGCAUGUUUGUCAAAA